GAGAGAGAGAGGUAACGAGCGAACGGAGCAGCAACGCCAAACAACUCGCCCAGUCGCGAGACUUUGGAGCUCAGAACAUCGCGCGCCGCCAACUCGUGCGCGGAUAUAUAUCAGACGCUCUCGCCGUGCGACGAGACGAGAGAUAGAUACACAUAUAUAUAUGUAUAUAUAUAUAUAGGCAUACGCCUGCGUGCGAGGGAAUAGGCACACGCUUUGCAGUGCAAUUGUUUUUACACGCUAGUGGGACACUUUACGGGUUUUCUUACUACAAUAUCAGGCUGGAGCGGUCGUGUUUUAGCUGACGAUGAGUUGCAAUUGCCCUUUGACGACUGCCGUAGGGCCGACGUUGGCAUCAACAUGUGGCGGACCAUCAUUUAUGCUCUUUAUGGGCUUACUUGAAGUUUUCCUCAGGAGCCAAUGCGAUCUCGAGGAUCCCUGCAAUAGGCCUAUACAUCAAAGACGUGUUAAUCCAAGGUAUGAUUUCGUGGUGAUCGGAGGAGGUAGCGGUGGAGCAACAGUAGCCUCGAGGUUAUCGGAGGAAAGUCGAUUUUCAGUACUACUUUUAGAGGCUGGACUUGACGAGCCGACGGGCACCCAAAUACCUUCCUUUUUCUUCAACUUCCUACACUCGGAUAUCGACUGGAAGUAUUAUACCGAGAGCGAAGAUGAGGCAUGUCUGAACAAGGAAGACCGAAAAUGCUUUUGGCCAAGAGGAAAGGUGUUGGGCGGCACAUCGGUGAUGAACGGUAUGACAUACAUGCGCGGCUCACGCAAGGACUACGACGACUGGGCGAGGCUCGGCAAUCCAGGCUGGUCGUACGACGACGUGCUUGCCCACUUUAUCAAGAGCGAGGACAAUCUGCAGGUCAACGACAUGGAUUACGGCUAUCACGGGGUCGGCGGACCACUCACCGUCACCCAAUUCCCUUAUCACCCGCCGCUGAGUCACGCUCUCCUCGAGGCUGGCAAGGAAAUGGGUUACGAUUCGGUGGAUCUGAAUGGCAGGACCCACACAGGCUUCGCGAUAGCACAGACAACGUCGCGCAACGGCUCGAGGCUAUCGACCGCAAGAGCCUUCCUUAGACCAGCGCGCAACAGGCGCAAUCUUCACGUUAUGCUCAAUUCCACUGCUACGAGGAUACUCUUCGACAGAAACAAGAAAGCCGUGGGAGUUGAAUUCGUGCAUGACGGACAAUUGCAUCGUGUGGCUGUCGACAAGGAAGUCGUUGUCAGCGGAGGGGCAGUAAACUCGCCGCAAGUUUUGCUGAAUAGCGGCGUGGGACCUCGAGAGGAACUGGAGGCCGUUGGAGUGCCCGUGGUGCACGACUUGCCGGGAGUUGGCAGGAAUCUGCACAAUCAUGCUGCUUACGCGAUUGCCUUUACCAUCAACGACACCGACACUACUCCACUUAAUUGGGCCACCGCGAUGGAGUACUUGCUGUUCAGGGACGGACUGAUGUCCGGCACCGGGAUAUCGGAGGUGACAGCAAUGAUCAACACCAAAUAUGCAGAGCCAAGUGAAGAUCAUCCGGACGUGCAGCUGAUCUUCGGUGGUUACCUGGCUGACUGUUCGGAAACGGGCAUGGUCGGCGAAAAGAAAGGCAAAAACCGCGUGAUACUCAUAAUCCCGACGAUUCUACAUCCCAAGAGUCGUGGAUAUCUACGUCUUAGAAGCAACGACCCCUUGGCUAAGCCCAUGAUUUAUGCCAAAUACCUGACGCACCCCGAUGACGUUGGCGCCCUCAUCGAGGGUAUCAAAUUCAGCAUCGCCCUCACCGAGACUCAAGCACUAAAGAAGUACGGUUUCCAACUGGAUCGUACGGCAGUGAAGAAUUGCGAGCACCUGAAAUUCGGCUGCGACGCCUACUGGGAAUGCGCAAUUAAACACGACACAGCGCCGGAGAAUCAUCAGGCAGGCUCGUGUAAAAUGGGCCCAGCCGAAGAUCUCUUCGCUGUGGUUGAUCACCAACUUCGAGUUCGUGGAAUCAAAGGCGUCAGAGUGGCCGAUACGAGUAUCAUGCCACGGGUUACAUCUGGCAAUACAAAUGCACCGGCAAUCAUGAUUGGCGAACGAGCUGCUGAUUUCAUUAAAAGAGCUUGGUUAGGUUGAUUUCAUUGAAAGAUGAAAAUAUUUGUCGUAUGAAUUCGUACCUCGCUUGCUGUGGGAAAUACACAUCUUCCUCAUUUGUAGGGAUGUUUCAUUGCUUUUAUUUGAUUUUCCACGAACGGGGCAUUCAGACGAAAUAUAGAAUUGCUCUUUAUUGGAUCGAAAAAUUGCGCGUCAAUCAAGAACAGCACAGAAUUAUGUUUGCAAAGGCAAUUUGCGAAAACAAUAUUACGCUUUCGAUUGAUAAAUGGAAAACUGAACGAAUUUAUUAUUUCAUGUAGUGUGAAGAUAUUGAUUUUUCUCAAUACGUAUUUUGCCUGAAAUUACGUUCACUGUAAAUCAAGAUGUUAUAAUAUAAACUUCAUCAUGGUUACCUUAAACGAAUAAAUGUAAUGACAAUUCAGGAUAAGCCGAAUUACAAUAUUUUUAUAAUUAAUUGUGUAUUCUGCAUUCUUUAGAUAACAGUGCCUUCACAAAUCCACAAUAGACAGUAGCUCAAAUAUUUUUGUAAAUUUUAAAAGCUUUAGAAAUUAUCUAUCUGAUAUAGUUUGUGUAUAUCCUAUUAUGUAUAAUUUUUUCUAAUAAUUUUACUAC